UUUUUGUAUGUGUGGUGUACGUGGAUCUAAAGAUAAAAGACCAGAUCAUAGCUCCACAACUAUCAGUACAUACUGUCAGCAUGGAGGAUGACAUAAGGCUGAGACUUAAAGAGCUGGAGGAAGAAAUGAAAGUCACAUGGGAGCGAUUGUCAAGCUCAUCUGAUGAAGGUUAUGAUAUGAAACCUUUAAUCCAGAAAUAUGAACUUCUAAGCAAUGCCAGAGAAAACUAUGUCACUGCCUUGGUGAAAAUAUAUGAAACGAAAAUCCAGGAGCUGAAACAGAAGGGGGCAACCUUAUCAGACCAUCAAGCUCAGCAGCUCAAAAAUGAGAUGGCAGGAUUCAAGAAGAAAUGUGACACUGGAUUCAGAUCAGGGAAAUUAAGAGAAGGCAAGCAAGAUGUGCCAGAGGAUGUCUUUUUGCAGCUGUCAAGCUGA